AUGUCGGAUGUGUCGGACUCCUUCUCAGCUUGGGAGACCUUGCCGGAGGACGAACCUCCGCUGUGCAUCGCAGUUCGACGCCCAGUGUCACCUCCACGCCACUAUGAGGCGGGUGUGAAGUAUGAGAAAACAAAUCAGUCUUUUAGUCUUAGUUUGCUGUCGGUUACGUUCAGCUUCAUACCUAAAAACUGGAAUAGUUACUGCCGACCUUUUCUUAACAUGGCGUGGCAACGAAGUUUACUGCAUGUUUUUGCUCUGGGCCAACUCUGUGCCUUGUUAUCUCUCAUUUCGUACUGCUUUUCUCACACCUCCACAUUGGAAAGAGUCCCGCAAAUAUUGUUCUUAGGCUUCGCAUGCCUUGCUGCUUUUAUAUGCACUGGUAGUACAAUAGCAUUUGCCGUCUUCUCAUAUAUGGUAGAGUACCGUUUUCAUCACGUUUCCGUAAGCGGAGUUUACGAAAAACAUCGCGGUUACUCAUUCCACAUAGCCACCGCUGGUUCACUGUUAUAUGUUGUCUCUUUAUUUCUAUCCACACCGUAUACUCUACUGGUGAUCGGUCGAAAUUCAUCCUCCAGGAGCACAAUUGAUCGAAGCGGAACUACGAGCAACUGCGCGUUUCACAUGCCACAUCGCUCCCGUGAAGAAGACUUUGCAAUGCGUAUACUUCCGCGUGUUUUCGGGAAGGGAAGAUGA